UUGAUUAACGUACCGUUGUACGCAAGUGGGCAGGGACGAGAAUAGGCUAGACCAGCCCUACUGCAGCCCAAGACGUCUGCAGCUGGAAGACGCGUUUCGACGAAACAAAUCGACCCCAGCCCAAGGCCUUGGAGAUUCCGUUAUCGUGUAAAUACGGUGCUUACUGCAUGUGGAUUAUGGCACUGGGGUCCUGGAAGAUGUUGUGGGAUGGAGCGCGGGAUAUAUGAUCGACAGGCCGCGAUGAGCAAAGCUGAAUACUUUGAGUGCUUGAUCAAUCUCGUAGACAAUGGCUUCGCCGGCUGAUGUCUCGUACGCCGAUGUCUUCAUCGGCUCCUGGAAAGACGCCUCCAGGGGCUCGAUCAAGGGGACCAACAUUACAGUUUCCUCUAAGAAUGGUGUCAUUCUCGUCGCCUUCCUUGCUCUCUUCGUUCAGUUCGCUGGCCAGCAUCUCUGGGGCAUCGCUGCGUUCCUCUGGUACCAGCUCCGACUUUCCGGGCGACCGAAAUACAAUGCUGCUCUGAGGUAUCAGCAGGACAUGUCCAUCAGGAACAAUGGUUCGCCAGGCCAAACGCUGUGGACGCUGACUCGCAUCGCGUGGGCAUGGCGACAUGCCAAGGGCCACAAGAAAGAGAAGCAGGCGUGGUGGAGGGUGAGCGGGCUGCCAAUCUUUGUGCCGUUGAUAUUCAUGGUUCUGUUGACUGCCACGGGCAUUUUGUCAUCCAACAUCAUGGAGACCAGCAAAGUAGACAUCUUACUAAGAGGAGAUGAAUGUGGGAUCUGGGAGGUUCCAGACGCGAAUACAGUCAAGGCCAGCGACAACGAUUUCAUGAUUGAGAAUGCCAAAUACAUUGGUGGUGUCACGGAGUUCGGUCGCAUCUAUGCCCGCGCCUGUUACAACACCACUGGGGAUGUCAACUCGCCCAUGUGCGAGGCCUUCACAACCAAGGCGAUCCCCUACACCUCUCACACGAAUGCAUCGUGUCCAUUCGACAACCAGACUUGUAUCUAUGGGAACGAGAACUUGCGAAUGGACACCGGCAAUAUGGACACCAACGACGUGCUCGGAAUUAACACGCGCAAGGACAACGUUCACUUCCGCAAAGUGACUACAUGUGCACCUCUGCAGCCUGAUUUAUGGACGACCAGGGAGAACACCACCAGUCCGAUGGGGAAGGACGAGUACCGCAUAAAAUGGAAUUGGGGCACCAUACCCUGGUACAACGACACGGACUAUGUUGCAGAGGCAGACAGCGACAACACCAAUCGCCUGUCUAAGGGCUUCACGGGUUACUCGAUGGUAACGCAGAGAUAUUACCGCCUCGAUUCACGCCUGCCUUUCCCAAGCUCUUCAUCAUUCAUACCGCGCAAAGAAUUCAACACGUCUGAUGGAGACAUAUACUUCAUGUUUCUCGCUGCACAUGCAGUCAACUUCGCUAAACCCAUCGACGACCCCUGGUUCUCCGCCCACCGCGCCAAUCCCGGGCCCCUAAACCGCACUUACUACUUCAGCGACCACCUGCUCUCGCCCCUAGGCUGCGUCGAGCAAUUCCAAUUCUGCAAUCCCAAGAAAGGCGACGCACCCGACGCAUGCACCACCCUCUCCGGCAUCGUCCCUGCUACCGCAGCCGCAAAAUUCGACCUCGACUUGACGCCCAUGCAGUCCGCCAUCGUGGAUCUCCUCAUCAACGCCGUCUACGCCAACAACGCUAUCAUCCUCCAGCCCAUCAAGCUCCUCGCAGAUGACACGAGCAACGAUGGCGUGCAAAUGCCGCUCCCGAGAAACCAGUGGGUCAUUGAGCUGCAGGAUAUGCACAACCGCGUGCUCACCGAGAUCCAACGCAUAAUCGUCGACUACGCGCGCGGGCCCUCGUCGGCAGCCGCAAAGCAGUUCCUCGUUGUACCCGACAGUAACUACCGGAACUUGUGUAGCAUGAUUAGAGCAAGGACGAGCGGGAAGUUUAGCAGCAUCAAUACGUAUGGGCUUGCGCUAACGGUGGGCCUGGGUACACUGAUCAUUCUCGCGAAUAUCUUUCUGGAGAGCAUGAUUCGGUGCUUCCAGCGGCACAGGAAGGCGCAGCAUAGGGGCGUGGAUACGUGGGUUGAGGAUGGCCUGCUGCAGGUGCAUAGGAGGACGUUGGUGCUUGCUGAGAUGGAAGAGUGGGAGGGUAGGAACGAUGCAGUGCCGACCACGAGACAUUGGUGUUCGCUGGCGAGGAAUGGGCCAAUGGAGACGAAGCGAGUGGAGGAAACGAAAAGGCCUUCGAUACACGUGGAGGAUGUUGAUGCUGUGAGGAGGGUUGAUACGGAUGAGACGCUGGCGCUUGAUAGUCCUGGGGAGGCGGGAUCGAAGGAUAGGAAAGGGGACGCAGGGAAGUGAGCUUCAUUAGGGCAUGUGGGUGAGUAGGUUUCUU